AUGCCAUCAUCAAUAAACCUCUUCUCCCCUCCUUUCCGUCCCGCCGAAGCUGAACCCUCCUCUCCUCACCUCCCCUGCUGCCCGCGGCGGCGCGCCGAAGCAGGUGGCGGCGGCGCUGCAACCAUCUCCGCUGUGACUCAUCCGGGCUACGACCCACGUCAAGGUGUUGCGAGUUGCAUCCGUUGUAGUUGCGGCUCCCUCCGAAUCCCCCAAUCCAUCACCGCCAUGGCGUUCUGGGGGGUGGAAGUGAAGCCCGGUAAGCCCUACACCCACACCCACCAGGCUGACCAUGGCCGCCUCCGCAUUUGCCAGGCUACACUGGGCAAUUGUGCUGCUGCUGCAAGGACAGUGCUGCAAUGCAAUGUUGGUAACAAGAUUCCCAUCAAACUUUGUAGUCUAAAUCCGAAAUUGGCUGAGACAUGCCAUCUAGAGAUUGAGUUUGAGGAGGUCGAUGAUGUUGUCUUCUCAGUAAUUGGCCAAAGUUCGAUUCAUCUCUCUGGAUACUAUGUCCGUGCAAGCAGCAGGUCUAAUAUGGGAGAUGAUGAAUCAGAAUCUUAUGGGGAAGAUAUUGGGCACUCCGACACUGAUGAGGAGCAUGAUGCCAGUGAGGACAGCUAUGAAUCUGUCUUUAUUGAUGAUCGUGAAGUUCCUGAGAAGUAUGGAUCUGAUUCUAUAGAUGAUAGUGAUGAUGAGUGCACCCUUCGACGCCGCCGCAAACAAAAAGCUGUUGAAAAACCGACUCGAAAGGCUGAAAGACGGCGGCGCUUGAAGAAGCACCAAGUAGAUAGCACCGAUGACAAUGAUGAUGAUACUCCAGUCAAGAAGCCUGUUGUCAAGCGCAGUGCUAAAAUAUUUGAUAGCGGUGAUGAUGACACUCCAGUCACGAAGCCUGUUGACAAGCGCAGUGCUCCUUCAAUAUUUGAUAAAGGCAGUGAUGAAGAUGAUAAUGUACCUAUAUCUGUUGCAUUGGGUAAGAAAGACAAUGCUAAGGUUGCUGAGGAAACUGACCCUCGAAAUCGACAGGCAAAUGACGUCACCAAAAAAAAGAUUAUUGAUGUUAAGAAAAGAAAACAUUCUGCCAUCAGUGAAGAUCCUGCAUUAUCAAUGGAUACAACAGAUGCUAAUGCAACAUCUGUUUCAAAACAAGGUGCUGAAAUAAAAAAGAAAUCAAAGAAAAAGACGAAAAAUCAAUCAGGGGAAAAGGAUGAGAAGCAGUCCAAUGUAAGAACAUUGGAAGAUGGGUUGAUGGUAGAAGAUCUAUCAAUAGGAAACAUUGAUGCAAAAGUGGCUUCUGAUGGCUGCAAGGUCUACAUAAAAUAUGUUGGCAUGUUGAAGAAUGGGAAAAUUGUUCAGUCUAAUGUUAGUGAAAAGCCUUACAAGUUCAAGCUUGGUGCUGGAAAAGUUAUUCGUGGAUGGGAUGUUGGUAUUCGUGGUAUGCGUGUUGGGGAGAAAAGAAAGCUUACAGUCCCACCUUCUAUGCUCUCUGGUGGUAAAUCAGUGGGAGAAGUACCUGAAAAUUCUUCAGUCAUAUAUGAAAUCGAGUUAGUGAAAGUGAAAUAG